AUGUCGACUCCCGGAGGAAAGACCAAGGCCUUGGUGAAGUUGUUGGAUCCCCCUGAAAUUGCCCGGUUCAGGACACGAUCCCGGAGGAGAGCAGAGAUGAUGCAGAAGUAUAUGACUCAAUUUAUGAUGGACCAAGUUCUCACAGUUGAAAAACUCCCUGAGUGUGACAAAAGAGACUUCAGACUAUUGAACAAUCUUGUGACUGUUAAAGAAUUUGCCAAAAUGAAGGAGUACAUCUUCAAGUUCAGUGGCCUGAUUUGCAGUACAGCAGCUUUGGUGCUCGAAAUCAUCCUUGCAAACAGCCAAUGCUGGCGCCUGUGGGAGUUUAACAACAAGGUUGUGCAAUUUGUGUCAUUUGGACUCUGGGAAGCUUAUUACACUCAGGAAUUUAACAUCUCUGGGUCUAUGACCAGGAUGUUGGUUCACACCCCUAUCAAUUCAACCUGGAACAAGUCAUCGGAAUUUCAGUAUUUACAAGUGCUGAUAGCGUGGGUCAUUUUGAUGAAAAUCCUAGUCAUGAUUUUCACUUCAGUGGCCAUUAAGAUCAGCUGUAUGGAAGACCCAUUCAUUGAGAUCCAGCUGUUUUGCUACAAGAUGUCUGCCAUAAUUUUGGCUGUGAGCAGCCUUUUCACGUUUGUUACUGUGACCUUGAACCACCUGGUAGACAUCUAUGGGCAAAACACUCUUGACUUUUCACCUGACUUUCCCGUUAAAAAGGAGGACAUUAUAAAGAAACACUGCACAACUGUGUUCCCAAUGGGUGUCCUGACAGCCACAAUGUCACUCUUUGGCGAGAUUUUGUUUCUCUGUGAGAUGAUCUCUUUGACAGGACAGAGUCAGGUGAAGGCCCAGUGUCCUUCCAACCUGGCUGAGCAAAAGGUCUGA